AUGUCUGCUCGCCCCAAAUCGCGAUGGGCCGACGACGAAGAAGACGCCGCCCUGGAAGCCCAGCGCAAGCGCGAAAAGGAGGAAAAGAAGCGCCAGAAGGCCGCUGAGAAGGCGCGCAAGCUUGCUGAGCAGCAACAACAGCAAGCUGCACGACAGCCACAGCAACAAUCGCAGUCGCAAUCGCAAUCGCAGCAGCUAGAAGAGAAACACCACUCGACAGAAGAAGAUGAUGCCAAUGGCCCGCCUGCGAAGAGGAGGCGGCUCUCACCCGAGCGCGAAAGCACAGCAACGGCAACAACAGCGCCGGUAAUAGCACGAGGAGGCGUAACCGUCGCGGUAACGAACGAUGACCGUAAACUCCUCCGCUUCGAAGCCCCGCCCUUCGGGCGCAGCCGAAGUGUAGAGCACUACGAGAAGCUGAACGACAUCGAAGAGGGCGCGUACGGGUGGGUGGCGCGCGCGAAAGAGAGCGCGACGGGCAAGGUGGUCGCGCUGAAGAGGCUCAAGAUAGAUGCCAAUGAUCGGAGUGGGUUUCCGGUCACAGGGUUGAGGGAGAUUCAGAUUUUAAAGGAUUGUGAGCAUAGGAAUGUGGUGAAGUUGUUGGAGGUGGUGGUUGGGGAGGGGUUGGAUAGCGUCUUCCUCGUCCUAGAAUUCCUCGAACACGAUCUCAAAUCCAUCCUCGACUCCAUGCCGUCCCCCUUCCUUACCUCCGAAAUCAAGACCCUCCUCCUGCAACUCGCCUCGGGCGUCUCUUACCUCCACGCCCACCACAUUCUCCACCGCGACCUCAAAACCUCCAACCUCCUCCUCUCCAACCGCGGUCUCCUUAAAAUAGCCGACUUCGGCAUGGCCCGCUACGUCGGCGAUCCCCCACCCCAAAACCUCACAACCCUCGUCGUCACUCUCUGGUACCGCGCCCCCGAACUCUUGCUCGGCACCCCAAAAUACGGUCGUGAAAUCGACCUCUGGAGCGUAGGCUGCAUAUUCGGCGAGCUGCUCACCCGCGAGCCCCUUCUCCAAGGCCGCAACGAAGUCGACCAACUAACCCAAAUCUUCUCCCUCUGCGGCCUGCCGACAGACGAAUCCUGGCCCUCCUUCCGCCGCCUCCCCCACGCCCGCCACUUACGUCUCCCGCCCGCUCCCAAGGGGCAAACUACCUUCUCCCUGAUCCGGGCCAAGUUCCCCCUCCUCACGACAGCCGGCGCGUCGCUUCUAGCCUCGUUAUUGUCCCUCGACCCGGCGAAACGGCCGACAGCAGAAGAGGUGCUACAGCAUGAGUUUUUCAAGCAGGAUCCGAAGCCUAAGAGCGAGGCGAUGUUCCCUACGUUUCCGAGCAAGGCGGGUCAGGAGAGGAGGAGGAGGAGGGAGACGCCGAAUGCGCCGGGCAGGGGGCAGGGGAUGGCAGAAGGGGGACUGGACUUCGGGAGUGUGGAUUGGAGUGGGAUAUUUGCUGGCAGAGACAAAGAGGAGAGGGGUGGGGGUUUUUCGUUGCGGAUGGUAUAA